AUACCGUUGUCCCAAAUAUUUUUCUCCUUUUCUGUGUGAAAGCUCUGAUUUAAGACUCAUCCAUUUCAUGUAUUGUUCUUUUUCAUCACUCCCUCGGCAACCAAACUCAAACACAAGACGGGAAAUUCUCUAACAUUCUUUUCCACUAAUUAUUUUUUCUGGGCGACCAAACAGAAGGGUGUUUGCUAAAUUUUCUCUUUUCCCUUCAAAGAGCAAAUUCUUGCUGUUUUAUGACAUUUUUGGUUCUGAGACAACUCCCUUGAAUUCCAAUGGGGUUCGAAGACUUUGAAGCCAUCUUCGGCGAAGCCAAACCAGAGUGGGCGAAUGAAUCGCGUCGAUUCUUGUUUCAUUUUGAUGCUAUUGAUCCUUCUCGGCUCAGAAUUCGUGUCACUGAUUUCCACUCUAGUACUUGGGAGGCAGUUCGGUCGGUUGAGCAGCUCGAGGACAUGAGAGACACUGUUGGAAUUGGAGGCUCAUGGUCUGAGUUUGUUGAUUAUGUCAUAGCCUCUAUAAAAUCCGAAGAUGUAAAGCUUGUUCUAGAAGAAAAUGCUAAAUCUGAUGGUGCUGCAUAUGCAAAGUUGGUUGCUCAGAAAUCCAAGGGAAUGCCUUUGAUUUCCUUUUCUCUUGCUAAACUGGCAAACUCUGCUGCUAGUGAGGCAAUGAUGAAUCUGUCAUUGGAGCUCUUCAAAUCAUACCGAAACAUGCAGAAUUUAUUCAUAAAAGAGCAAGAGUGCUCAGAUCGGCUGGCAAAGGCAUUAUCUGCAGAACAGGGAAAGAAUGAAAGUAUGCAGGGUCAAUUGGAGUUGUCCUCAAGGAGGCAAAAGUUACAAAAGACUAAUACCUCAGACAAGACACAUAUUUUUGCUUCUCUUGUGAGCUCAGAUACAUUUAAUGGCUUACAAAAUUCUCCAGACAAGCUAGCUGCUCAAAGUGUAGGCUCAACAAAAGUCACUAAGCAUGUUGUGCCAGCUUAUCGUAGCACCUUGUUUGGGCAGGGUAAAGGCAAGGGGAGCCCUGUUGCAGGAUAUUGAAGACAAGGAUAACUAGAAGGUAAGAUAUCUGAAUUGGCUUGCCAUGUAAAUGUUUCAAAUUGGCAAUGUUGAUUUUCAUUUAUAGUGCUAUGAAAAAGAAAUUACAGAAAAAUGAAGGAAAAGGGUUCAAGUCUACUUUUGGAGUUUGUUUCCCACAUGCCUUUUCAUUGAUUAGAUACUGGUUUCUGUUGUACGUACAUGUUAGCCUUGUUUCUUAAAAUAAUAAAAAGGCAAAAGGGACAAAUGUUGGGUUGCCUGAUAGAUUAACCAUUAUAUAUUCUUGGACAUGCGUGUAUGGAAUACCUUGAUUAAGUCUUGUUUUUUCAAAUGGAAUUCUGUAGUUUAUACAAUGUGUUUCUCUGAA